AUGCAUAAUUACGCCAAAACGAUUCGAUCCAUAGCCUGGAUAAUUUAUAACGAUGGUUUUAGGCCUGUAUGUUAUGGAAAACCUUUCACUGAUAUGACAAUCGUGAUUAUAUUAUUUUGGGUCGGUAUUGCUAUUGAAACUGCACAUCCCUACAUUCCUGUAAAACAUGAAAGUAAUUAAAGUGCCAGAUCAUGUGAAAUCGAAGAGAGUGUG